CUACCCAGUUGAUUCCCAGCUGCGUAGAAAUACGAAAAGUUAUCUAUAACAUAGUAGUUGAUUUCACGGGUUUAAAUAUAUAUAAAAAAGAAAGUGAUGAAUUGGGAUCACAUGAGAGGCCACAAACCUCACCCCACCUAUAUUAUCCCGUGCCCCUUGUCUUUCUUCCUCCACAAGCAGCGAAAUCCAAUCUAGAAGCACCCCUCUCCCUCUCUCUCUCUUCGCCGUCCGAAGCUCCGCACCCCAAUCUAAUCGACACCUCACCGAGAUGGGCCGCAAGUUCUUCGUCGGUGGCAACUGGAAAUGCAAUGGAACCACAGAUCAGGUCGAGAAGAUUGUCAAAACCCUGAAUGAAGGACAGGUUCCCCCUUCAGAUGUUGUGGAGGUCGUUGUCAGCCCUCCUUAUGUCUUCCUUCCUGUGGUCAAGAGCCAGCUGCGCCAAGAGUUCCAUGUUGCUGCUCAGAACUGCUGGGUGAAGAAGGGAGGUGCUUUCACUGGUGAAGUCAGUGCUGAGAUGCUCGUCAACCUUGGUGUUCCCUGGGUCAUUCUUGGACACUCUGAAAGGAGAGCUCUGCUGGGAGAAUCAAAUGAAUUUGUUGGAGACAAGGUUGCGUAUGCCCUGUCUCAGGGACUAAAGGUCAUUGCAUGUGUUGGUGAGACCCUUGAGCAGAGGGAGGCUGGGUCUACCAUGGAUGUUGUUGCUGCACAAACAAAAGCAAUUGCUGAGAAGAUCAAGGACUGGAGCAACGUAGUUGUUGCCUAUGAACCAGUUUGGGCUAUUGGAACUGGUAAAGUUGCCACCCCAGCUCAGGCUCAGGAAGUGCACGCCUCCCUGAGGGAUUGGCUAAAGACCAAUGCCAGCCCUGAGGUUGCUGAAUCUACUAGGAUCAUCUACGGAGGCUCUGUAACUGCUGCGAACUGCAAAGAGCUAGCAGCACAGCCUGAUGUCGAUGGUUUUCUUGUCGGUGGAGCUUCUUUGAAGCCUGAGUUCAUCGACAUCAUCAACGCGGCCACCGUGAAGUCCGCUUAAGAUGCUACGCUGAAGACGAACAUACUUUUUUUUUGCUCAACUGUGCUAUGUAAGCUAGUAGCUUUUGCGCAGGAGCAGAGACUGUUUUGCCUGCCCCCAACUUCUAGCUUGAGCUUGCUAAUAAUGUUUACCUCUGGACGUAUCAAUAAUGGUGCUUAUGU